AUGAUGCCGCCAGGAACUACAGGGUUCAUGGCCCUCCUUUGCGGGCAGCUCAGUGUUUCUGUUGUUGCCCAAGGACAGCUCAGAGCUGCGUCCUUUGGUGACAACGGAUCUCUGGGCAUAGGUCCCAACCGCACUUGGUCCGACGAGGUAGUGGGACACGUUGAGUUGCGCCGCUUGACUUCGCAUGACAAGGUCAUUGGAGCAUGGUGGCUCGAUCAUUCCCGCACGAUAUCCUUGGCGGUACUUGCGAUCCUUUCACUGACGAUGAGCUCAAUGAUUUGUCACAUGUUUCAUCCACCUGGUGGUCAAGGACAGCAAAACAUGCGUCUACCGCCUCGGUGGGAUCCUUCCAUGGAGUCUUCCACGCCGUUCAGAUUGUGGGUGCAGGAUUUGAUGCUGUGGGCUAUUGUGACAGACUUGGCCCCUCAUCAGCAGUGUGCUGCGAUCAUUGCACAACUGGGUGGAGCUGCCAGAGAUCUGGCACGGACGAUCUCGCCCCAGGAAGUUUACAAUGGUGGCAUGGUCAAUGGUGUACAACUGGACCCCGUCAGCUACCUCCUCCAUGGACUGUCAAUGCGCUUCGGUCCUUUAGACGAGGAGCACAGGCUGAGGGCCGCCACAGAUCUGCUGUCUUUUCGUCGGCGCCAAGGAGAGUCCGUGGAUGCAUUGAUCAGUCGCUUCGACGUGACUCGCCAAUUGGCGCAACGUGAUGGCGGAGGUGCAGUAAGCACCGAGACUGCAGCUUUGAUUCUCUUGCGGGCUUGCAAUGUGUCCUCUGCCCAGUUCCAGACACUCACACAGCCGUUCGGCCUGCGCCUCCCUGCCAACGAACCAGAAUUGGCCCAAUUGGGCCAUCACCUACGCAGGAUGGGGCACAUCGUGGAGCACCAUCCGCACAACAUCGCCUCUGGCUUGCAUGGUUCCCAAGGACAGUCGCACCAGACCUAUCUUGCGGAGGCCGACACUGGAUCUUCAACCUCAGGAGGUCCAAACUGGCAGGACGCAGGAGCAGACAUGUCCUUCAGCGCCGGCCUUGGCGCCCCAAUGGACUGGGCUUUUGCAGCUGUGCAGGAAGACGCUUCGGACACAGACAGCGCAACGAGUUCAGACAACGAUGAGCCGAUGCCUGUUGAAGACUUGCAAGGCCUGAGUCCUGCUGAAGCCGAUGAGUACUUGUUUGGUGAGUAUCAGCAUGCAAAGAAGCGAUGGAGGCGAUUCACAGGUGCUGCGAGCGCUGCGCCCGCAGCCGCUGCCUCCAACACGACCUCUGCCAAUGCUCUCCCUCAAAGGGCACCCCCAACCUUCACCGUUGAGCCCGCAAAUCUGCACUUUGCCGCGUACGAGACCGAUAGCUCGUGGACCCAAGUGUCCCCUCGGUCAAACCCCUCAGUUGCUGCCCACCGAAGUGCCGCUCCAAGCGAGGUAGGUGUGCCGCAGCAGCCAAGCGCGCCAUCAGUGCAUCACUUGUCCCCAGAUCCCUGGGAAACCAAUCCUGAUCCUUGGCAGCAAUGGAUGCAGCAGCAUGACCAUGCCGAGGUGCAAGGUGCCCCAAGUCCAGCACAGGCUAUGCGCGUCAAUCCCGGAAGUACGUGGUUGAUGCCAGGGGUAGGUGUAGUGGGUUCUUCUAGGACUUUUGGUGAGAUGAUUGGUGCCCAAAUUGCAGCUAAUCCGCCACCUGCGAUUUCCAUGCAAGCUGCGUCACAGCAGCCGCCUCACAUGUUUGGCAAUGCCGCACAGGCGCAGGCCGUGGAGCCGUCCGCAGCAGCAAAUGCACAGCUAGGCAGCAGCUCACCUGCCUGGUUUGCAGCUGUGCGGCAGGGCAUGCAGCAGAUCCAAUCGAGCUCUCAGGGUUCUAGCAGGCGUAGGAGUAGCGAUCCUGAGGAAAGGCGCCAGCCUGUUCCUAGCCUCUUCAUGUCCCAAGCCGGUUUUCCCAUGAUGGCAGCAGUCCCAGAGACGCGGACUAUUGCUUUGCCCGAAAUGCCUGCCAGGGACAUGUCACACGAUGUACUGUCUGCCUGGAUGAGUUUGGCCCAGGAGACCACAUGUUUCGAAGAAGCUGGCGAAGGAAGCAUCGCAGUGAGAUGCCCGAACUGCCGGGCGCAUGGACCAGUGGUGCGCACAUGGCACUACCCUCGUUUGCCGACGGAGUCAUCUGUCGAAGGCGCGUCGCAGCAGCUCACCACCACACCUCAAGCCCCGUCGCCCGACGUGCGGACGCCUGAGUCAGAUGACAAUGCAGUCCUCGCAACUCCAUCGCAGCAUGAAGAUCAUGAACAAGACGAAUUUCUGUCGCCCAUGGAAUCCUUCCCAUGGUGGCCCAUUCCGCAGGUCAGUGAUGCCGAGACAGAGCCCGGUGCUUCCGCGUACCAUUCCAAUGUGCGUCUUCAGGACGGAAGAGUCGGUCUUCUCAUAGACCCUGGAAGCUACGGUAACCUAGUUGGCGAGGAGUGGCUGUCAGAGGCGUCCAGUCAGCUAGCGAAGCAGCCGCAACUCCUUCAGCGAGCAGUGCCACUCCAGGUGGGAGGUGUCGGCCGGGGUGCGCAAACAUGCCGUAACGACUGCCAGCUUCCCAUUGCAAUGUGCCGCUCAGAUGGAAGCGUUGCCACGGGCUCCUUUACGAGCCCUGUUGUCGCAGGCAGUGGAUGCCCUGCCCUCCUUGGCCUUCGCACGCUGCAAGAGAAUCGUGCCUUGUUGGACACAGGCAAGAAGCAGCUUCAUUUCCUAGGCUCGGGAGAAGCAACUAUCAUACUACCGCCAGGAUCCGAGACCUUUGCCCUCGAGUCCGCCCAGAGCGGCCACCUUCUUCUCCCGUGUUCGGAGUUCGCACGUGCGUCUGCAGAUGCCCCGCAGGGUGAGCACCAUUUGUUCAGCGAGCCAAAGGCCGAAUGCUCUGAGGGUGCGUUCCUGAGCACAACUGCCGAGUCCCAGCUAACCGCAGAGGAGCAGGAGUGUCAAGCAGCGCUUGCGAACUACGACUUUGAGUCUGCAGUCGCAGCCGUGCUCAAAAUCAUGAAGCGCGAAGCCGAGGCUCCCAGGAGUGCAGAGCGUUCGGCGCGACGCCUGGUGGGUCUUCAGCCUUUCGAGUUCACAUCUGUGGCAGUGUGCUACAACAUUCAAGCCCCUGUUCAUACCGAUAAGUACAACAUCGGUCAGAAUGCGCUGCUUCCCCUGAAGCUUCCGCGCGCAGGCGGCAAUCUGUGGCUGGAGCUUAGGCAAGGCGACACAGUGCAAGGUGACAUUGCAUUGCAUCCUCAGCAGCGUGCAGGUGCAGUUCAUGACAUCGUGGGACAGCUUGUGUCGUUAAAGGCCGGGUGCCCUGUAUUUUUCAAUCCCAAGCACAAGCAUGCAACUGAACCUUGGAAAGAAGGUGACAGGCUAGUCCUUGCUGCGUAUGUGGCAGGGUCACAUCACAAGGCCCGCGCUUCAGAUCUCCAGCAACUGGAGGCCCUGAACUUCUCACUGCCCCCGUCCGCAGCCGCUUCCGGAACACAGUGCACCAUGACGGCCCACUCUCCAAGUGAACCCCCACUCACGGCAAGUGAGCCUAAGCCACCUGCGCCUGCAAGAGCUGGAGCUCCAGCUCGUCCUCAGCACCAAGAGUCCAAGCGGGUUCGCUUUGCAGCCACGAGUCGCAGUGCAAUUGCGCAGGUACUCCGACGUGUGUUGCUAAUCACACUGUGCCACUCCACGGUCGCAGCCUUCAUGAAUGCAGGCUGGGAGCCAGUACGUCUCAGGCCACUGGAGCUGUUAAGGAGCGGCUAUCAUGAUGUCCUCCACCGCCUGAAGGAAGGCCAAUUUGAUGCAGUGUGGAUUGAUCUCCAGGAAGCCCGGCAAUUUGCCGGUCAGGAGCGUACCCACCAGGUGUGCAACCGCCUCUCUGUGAUAAUGUCAUGGGCUCGAAGACAGUCAGUCCCAGUGUGCCUAUCUGCCCUUAGGCGCACAGCUUGGACGCACCCUGCGAUCCAACAACUUGUACAGACCAAUAGCAUGCAUGUGACACACCAUCGCUGGUGCGCCGCCGGAGCCAAGAUACUUCAAUCAGCGCCGGCAAGUUCAGUGCAGCACAGGGUAUUGUCCACCUUUCCUUUGCAGGCCCAUCCGUGUCGAUGUUCCCCAGGCACAGAGCAUGUUUUUGAUCUUGACAUGGCAAAGGAAUGCGGUGGUGCACGAGUGCGAGCCAAAGCCGAGGAGCAGGCCAUUUCAUGCAUAAUUCCCGCCUUAGAGGCCUCGCUUCCAGGAGGCAGGUCUCUGGGGUCCGAGGAACAGUCCGACCCAUUCAGCACCGACGUGUAUGUAGCAUGUAAAGUGUGCGGCCUCGUCCAGCAAGGUAGUCACUGCAACGUGUGUGAAUCUUCCUUAAGGGAAGAGCAGGGAGGUCAGGAAUCACCUGACAAACCCGCCGCAACUUUUGUGCAACCAAUCCUGGCCUCCGCAGCGCCCCCAGGAUCUUCGGAAGCAUAUCCGACUUCUCAGAAACUUCUCCAACGUGAACGCGUAAAGCAGCAGAAAGCCUCGGGACAGCCUGAGCCCGCCAAGGCGAAACGUCGCAAAGCAGUUGAGCAGCACUUCGAUGACUGCGGUGAAGACAUCAGCAGCAUUUGCAUGCAUGCCGUAGCAAGUCUGCUACAUUCUGAAGCAGACUCAACCACCAGUGAUGCUGAAAGGACUGCAGUCAACCAGUCUCUGCCACCACUCAAUGCGACCGCAUUAUGGUCCAAUCUUGGGAGCACUGAGCUUCCAGACACACGUGUCGGCGCCGUUCUCGCAGUCGACCUAGAUGAGCUCAUGACGAUCCUCGCAACACCUGCGUAUGCCACAUGGGGCAUAGAAGUCAUGGAGCUUUGCGGCGGGGAAGGACUUACAUCUCAGAUGUGCGUCAGGCGCAGCCUCAAGGCAGGGCACAACUUCGAAAUCACCACCGGCACAGAUCUGACUGUGCCAGCUGUGCAGAGAACAGUGCUGGACUAUGUCCGCCUCACUAAGCCGUUGGUAGUUGUCAUGGCGCCCAGAUGUGAUCCGUUCGGGCCGCUUGGGUCACGCAACCGCGUGAUUCACCAAGCUGCAUGGCAGCGGGCAUAUGCGCAAGCAGCGCCGCUCGCCCGUUUCUGUGGUGAGAUCGCGCAAGUGCAGCAGAGCAAUGGCCGCUACUAUGUUGUUGAGCAACCCUAUCCAUCAAGCAUGUAUGAGGUGAGUCCUUGGCCUGACAUUCGCACUCACUCGCAGUGUCAACGAGUUGUUUUCCACCAGUGUAUGGUAGGUCAGGCGGUUCAAGGCGUGCCAGCAAAGAAGCCGACAGAGCUGGUAGCCAACUGUCCUGAGGUCCUUCAACCGUUUUGCAACCUCCAAUGCGAUGGCCAGCAUGAACAUGCUUCAUUGCUUGGCAGUCAAGCAAAAGGCACUCAGCGCUGGACUCCAAAGAUGUGUAGGCUGCUAGCGUACGGCAUUGAGCAGCUAGUCCGACGCCUUUCCACAGCUUCCGGUGCCCAGGCUAGCUACCCCUCAGUAGCAAGCGGCACCACUGAUGCAGGAGAAAAGCUUGUGCCAGAAGCAUGGCGUAAAUGCAAAGGCUGCCUGUGGAGGUUGAACCGGUGGGAUGAAAUGCACAGUAGGAUCAGAGGUGAGUGCAAAUAUCCAGAUGACGAAACCAUAAAAUUUGAAUGUCCGGGUUGCAAGAAUCGCAAGCCAAGACACGAUGAAUCGCACACUUUCGGCCCGGACUGCAAGCAUGCUGUGACCAUACCGCGCAAGUCGGCCAAGCAGCGGCGACCUUUUGGCCGAGUACCAGCGCGGGGAGAGCCGACCUCAGGUAUCCCAGCUUCCAAGCUAGGAAUCCAUGAUGAACAGAAAGCUGAGGAGGCCACGGCCAGCGAACCAUCAAGCAGUCACCGAGGACCUCAACCCAUCCAUGAGGAUGAUGACGCAGCAUCAUCGCUUGAGCUUCCAGCAAUGCGUCCCGGUGACGAGCCAGACCAGGACGACAAGCAAGGUGAACCCAGGCGCAGAGGCCCUGAUGUCGUGCCGCGUGAGCGCAGGACAUGGCGUGAUGCAGCAGUCCAGCCUCCAGCGCCCGCUGACUGGGGAGCUUUCGAUGUCCAAGCCACGCUCCGAGGCUUAAGGCAUGGUGACGAAGCAGCAAGACGUCGUCUGCUGCGAAAGCUUCACCUGCGAUGGUUCCAUUGCAGCACAGACAAGAUGAAGCAACUGCUCCGAACAGCAGGCCUCAGCAAUGAAGUCCUUGACCUUGUAGACUCUAUCUGCGACACUUGCAAGGUGUGCCGCCACUGGGCACGCCCCAGCUCAGAUGUCCGUGCAAGCAGUCGGAUGGUUAUAGGCUUCAACAUAGAAGUAGAGGGUGAUCUCAUGUUCUUCCGGCAUAAAGGCAGCCAGUGCAUACUUCUUGUGCUCACUGACAGGGGAGUCCGUUGGACAGCUGUUGCCCCUAUCCCGAACCGCUCAACUUCAACCAUUCUGUCUGCGCUUGACAAGGUGUGGAUGGCCGUCUUUGGGCCAAUGCAGAUCCUCAUUUUCGAUGGCGAGCAUGCGCUAGAUGAUGAGGAAUCCACCAUGUACUUCCAAAUGAAAGGCGUCACCAAAAGGACGGCAGCCCCGCAUCAGCACACCAGAAUUGUUGAUCGAAAGAUCGCAGUCUUAAGGGAUUCCCUGCACAAAAUGGUCACUCAAUUAGAUGAGGAAGGCCUUCAGCUUCCCCUAGAGCGCAUCGUGUGCGACUGCGUGUAUGCACUAAAUGCCCUAACCAGCAUCAACGGGAGAUCGCCUUAUGAGGCGGUGUUGGGUCGAACUCCUGCUUUGUUGCCGUCAGAUGACAUGCUGCUAAGCGACGGUGUCCCCGACAUUUUCUCCCGUCACACUCACCGUCUCCGUGAAAUUGCAGUGCAAGCAAUUGCUGAGGGCACAGCAAGGGAGAGAAUUAAGCGAGCCACUCACACUCAAACCAAGCCCGCAGGUUUGGAAUUUCAGUUCGAGCUGGGCCAAUCAGUUGACUACUGGCGUGAGCCUCAGCACAAAGAGGCCAGUGGAUGGCGUGGCCCAGCCGUGAUCGCAGACUUGACACGCUUGGAACAUGGCAGGGUCGGAGUCCGCACAUCAACUGAUCAGGUGCUGACAUGUAGAUUGCAGGAUGUUAGACCCAGCCUGGCAUUCCUCUCAGAAGAAUUAGCUGCGUAUUUUGGCGCAGAUGAUCAUGUGGCUCCAGCAGGCAGUCAAGCGAAUCACGCUCAGCAAGUCGUGCAGCAGUUCGUUGAUGAUCUUAAGCCAAACACGGUUGUAAUGCUGAAGGGCUGUGGUUGGAGACGCCGCAAACUGCCGAACAUCGCACGAUAUAUCAGGGCCAUUCGCUCUCUGACUCCCCGAGAGGAGUACACCAACGCAGUGACACUGUGGUGGUUGUCGCACGGAUCGCGUCAGAUCAACUUCCUGCAUAGCAAUCUGCCUAAAGUAUCAAUGGUAGAGCUAGUCGGUCAGACAUGGCCUGAGGUCCGGGCAAUGCAGUUCCUCGGUGUCCCUGAGGAAGAAGGCUGGACCGCAACAAAGCGCUGGUCAAUGCCUGAGGCUGAAGGCACACAAGCUACGGCCCAAGCUUCCCCGGACAACGACCAGGAAGCCAGUUCCGAGCAUGGCCGACUCUCCACCAUCCCUGAAGGUACAGAGUCCGAAGUGUCUGCGCAUGUCAGCUGGGAGGAUGUCCAAGCAAUGUUUGGAGAUGACAUUGACCCCCAAGAAGCACUAGCGUACAAAGAAGCCUUCGUCGCGUGUAGUACUGAGCUAGUGUCUGUAGCUCAUCACCCCACAGAUGCAGCAGAGCUGAAAGAACACGUCAUGAGUGAACUAGCAUCAGUUCCUGAGCUGCCUCUGUCAGCGCUGCAGCUUGAACAGCCAGAAAUCAUGACGACAGCGAAGUUUGAGCAAGCUGCCGCUCAAUGUGGACCUUGGGUUAGUUAUGGACGCCAAGUCUGUGACAACAGCCGUGACCGCACCGAACGUGCGUGUGCCCGCAGAGCCAUCAUUGUUACUCCAUGUCCUGUGGAUGCGAGGUCUCUUGCAGUCAAGACGCUUGAAGGAGUAGUCAGUAUUGAGAAAGAGUUCUGCCCUUCUUUGAUCGAUUUUAUCUCUAGCGGGCCUUGGUUCAAACAGGAGGCAAACGCCGAUUGCGACUCUGGGGACCGCAAGAGUGACAUCCUCAAGGCCCUGCUCAAAGUUCAGCUGGGCCCAACUGUUCCACAGGAUGGCGUCCGAAUGUGCCACCCGGGCAUAGCGAUGGGCUACGACGUGGCGCUGCGAAACCCUGCGUGGUGUGCUUACAGACUGACUCCGGAAGAGCAGAGCGCGACCGACAACGAUCGGAAGGGCUUCGUCUUGGACCCUGCCUUAAAGGCCGCCGGCAUUGAACAGACGAGCCCCAGCCAGUAUGAGAAUACUGGCUUUGACAAGGGACACCUUGCCCCUUCAUUGGCAAUGAGCUUCCAGCGCAAGGAGCUCAUCAACAAGGACCGGAGUCCCUGGAAGGCAAGCUACUUUGCCAGCAACAUCGCGGCGCAGUACAGCAAGAUGAACCAGCGAAGCUGGCAAGAACUGGAGAAUGCACUGCACGAGUAUGCAGCUGACCUGCCAAACUCCAAGCCGGGUCUUUUCGUCGUGACCGGCCUCGGCUACUGGAACCGGCAAAGGCCCCGGGCCUGGCAGGCCGAUGCGGAAUGCUGGCUGGAGUGCCCUUGCCAAAGCGAGUGCGACUGUCGCACCUGCAAGGGCGACUUCAUCUACGUUCCGACCUUUUACUGGAAGGCUGUCUGCGAACCAGAAGAAGGCUCCUUCGCGGUGAUUCUGGAGAACGAUCCGGAGUCGAACCAGCUGGAGGGAGGACAGGAAGGCUGGCCGCCCUCAGCCUUCGCGCUGUACUCGGCGAAGGGUGCCAAGCCUCGCUGCCUCCUCAUCGGCGGCCAGUUCACGGGGAAUUUUUGCGCGAGGGAGCUGAAGAAGCAGUUCUACGUCACAGUGGUUGACGCCAAGGAGUACUUCGAGUACACUCCCGGCGUGCUCCGGGCCUUCGUGAGGCCUGCACACCUGGACUCCUUGACCUUCACCUUGCAGCCGGUCUACGAGAGGAAGAUGGGCGUGAAGUUCAUUUGGGGAGAGGUGAAAGAGCUGGACGGCGACCGCAAGACGGCCAGCAUCAAGCCCAUGUUCUCCAACAACAUGGACGAGAUCGGCUUCGACUACUGCAUCAUCUGCUCAGGCUGCAACUUCGGCCCCUUCAAGCCCAUGGGCGAGAGCUUGUGGUUCCCCACGGUCCACGAGGCCGGGCAGGCCGUAAGUGAUUGGAAGCACAUCGACGAGCGCUUCCUUGAGGGCCGCAGGCGCCACGUCCUGGAGGAGUACCAGAAACUCCAAGACUUGAACAAGAAGAAGGCCACGGUGCUCAUCGUGGGCGCGGGCUUCAUUGGCGUCGAAUGGGCCACGGAGAUUGAGCACUUCUUCCCGGAUGUCAAGCUCACCAUCAUCGACUUCUUGCCACGCUGUCUGGGCCCUUUGCCGGACAGCGCCGCAGACUACUGCUCCGAGUACAUGAACGCAUGCGGCAUCAAGGAGUUCUACAGCUGCGGCUACGACCCCAAGAACCCCGACUUCUGGAAGAAGAUCGAGCUGCCCAACGGCGCGGACGAAUGCUACGUUUGCAUUGGCGUCAAGGCCUCCAACUACUUCAUGCCCAAGUGCACCCUCUCCGACAAGGGCCCUGGCGGAGGCGGCUGGAUCCACUUCAACAAGCACAUGCAGGUGACCAAGAAGCCCUCAGAGGGUGGGGGCGUUUGGGCCGAUGGCACCAUCUACGCGGUUGGCGACUGCAACUACGGCUGCAUCGGCGAGCCCGGGAAGUGGGAGAUGCCGCCGGUCCCGAAGAUCUCCUACCCCGGUGAGGAGCAGGCCUACCACGCCUGCCUGAACGUCAUGCGCAUGGCCAAGAACAACAAGAACCUGGUGACGACCUGGUGGCCUUGGGGUGCAGGCAUGUUCGCCACCAGCUUGGGACCACAUGACGCGUGCUUCGUCGUUGCGGCUAACGAGAACAAGGGCUCGGGCUACAUGGUGAACUGGUGGAUCCCAGCGGCCCUACAGAAGGAGAUCAUCGAGACCACCAAGAUUGACGAGUGCCGAGACCGCUGGAUUGGCAUCCUCAUCUGGCACUUCGUGCACCACACCCCGGUGCAUCUCUUCGGACGUGGCCCUUGGUUUGUGUAG